AUGGAUAAGCAAGAAUUUAUAGCUGCUCAUCCUGAAUAUGGAUAUAAUGGAACAAUAGAUGAAUUAUAUAAAAAUGAAUUUUCAAAUCAUUAUCCUUCAGAUCGAAUAUAUCUUGAUCAUGCCGGUACAACAUUGUAUACUCAAUCACAAUUAGAUGCACAUUUUAAUCAACUUCGUACAUUAACAUUAAAUAAUCCACAUAGUGAACAAGAAGAUUCAAAAUCAUUAUUAUUAAUUCAAGAAUGUAUUGAAUUAAUUUUAUCAAUAUUUGAUACAUCAAGUCGUUAUUAUUCAAUUAUAUUUACAUUAAAUACAACUCAUGCAUGUCAAUUAUUAUCAUCAUUAUUUCCGUUUUCAUUAAAAUCUGAAUAUGCGUAUAUGAUUGAUAGUCAUAAUAGUCUUAUCGGUAUUCGACAACAAGUUAAACUAAAAGGUGGUUCAUUUUCAAUAAUUGAUUAUCCUUCAAAAAUUUAUAAUCAAGAAAAUAAUUCAGAUAAAGAUUGGUCUUUUCGUUGUGCUUGUCGUUCAUCAUCAUGUCUAUCAUCUGAUAUAGAAUCAAAUGUUCCAUAUUAUUGUCUAUUUGCAACACCAGCAGAAAAUAAUUUUAAUGGACUUCGACCACCACUUGAUAAACUUUUAGGGCCAUUUAUAAAUGCACGAGAAAAUCAAAUUGAAAAUUUUCUUAUACCAAUACAUCGAUAUCCAUCGAAAGACUGUCAUUGGUUAACAUUAGUUGAUUGUGCAAAAUAUUUAUCAACAAAAUCAUUUUCACUAUCAUUGUAUCCAGUUGAUUUUGUUGUUUUAUCAUUUUAUAAAAUUUUUGGUUAUCCAACCGGUUUAGGUGCAUUAAUUAUACGAAAUGAAUCAUUAAAAAUACUUAAUAAAGAAAAUUAUUUUGGUGGUGGUAGUGUAGAAUAUAUAUCACCCUAUGAUGAUUCACGUGUUGAAUAUAAAUCUGGUAUUAAUGCAUUUAUUCAUGGAACAAUACCAUUUACAACAAUUCUUUCAAUUUAUGAUGGUUUUCAAUUAAUAAUAAAUAAAUUAUCAUAUAAACAUAUAUCAUUACAUACACAAUGUUUAAUUGAUUAUUGUAGAAAUGAAAUGUUAAAAUUAACUUAUUCAAAUGGACAAAUUCUUUGUUUAUUUUAUGAUGUAAGAAAUAAUUUCAUAUAUGAAAAUGGUUAUUCAUAUGGACCAAUUUUAAAUUUUAAUUUAUAUAAUAUACAUGGACAAUUUCUUUCUUGUCGUUUAAUUCAACGAAUUGCUGCUGAUCAUAAUAUUAUUUUAAGAGUUGGAACAUUUUGUGCACCAGGUGCAAGUCAAGCUUAUCUUGUCGGAAUAGAACCAGUGAUUCAAUCAUUGGAUGGAGAAAUUCAACAAAUAACUGUUCAUAUUUGUCAUGGAGGGACUUAUACUUAUCAAUACAAUACUAUUUGGUAUAAUGAUGAAACAAUUUGUAAAAAUGGUCAACCAAUGUUGGUUUAUCACUGGGCAUCAUAUUCAUCAUUAACUCCGUAUCAAAUAGAUGAUAAUCAUGGUUUUCAAUUGGAUAAAUCAGCAUUAAUUAUACUUACUGUUACUUAUUUUAAAGAACAACAAUUGAAUAAUGAUCAAUCAGGAGUUGUUCUUAAUAUUUCAACUGUAAUGCCACAAUUCUACAUGGGCACAAUAGUUGCUGGGAGUCAAAAACGACAAAAACGUUUUUCAUGUCGUAUAUCAAAUUACCCACGUUUAUUAUAUGGUAUACAACCAUUAUUUCCAAAAACUGAUAAUGCAUGGUGGCGUAUCUAUAUGAUACGUACUCGUAUGUUUGGUCAAAAACUAGUCGAAUCUAUAUUUAAUUCAUUAAUGUUAUCAGAUCAAAAUGAAACUAAUAUUGAAGUAAUAUCAGGAGAUAUAUUUUUAAGACCAGGAGAUUAUUUAAUUAUUGAAUGUGCACCAAGUUUAGAAUCAUCUUGUAAAUUUUUAAUUUAUUAUAAAUAUAAAAAUAUUCAAUUAAAAGAUUUUAUUGAAAUUGAUCAUACAUGUCAAAAUAAUGAUUAUCCAAAUUUAUUUGAAUCAAUACCAUCAAGAACAUUAUUUGAAACAGAACAACUUCAAUCAUCUGUAUCAAGUAUGGAUACAACAAAAAUCUCUUUUUUGAUUGGUAUUUUAUUAUUUGCUACUUGGAUAUCAAUAAUUUUUGGUUGUGUGAUUAUGCGUCGUGCUCGUGGAUUAGUUAAUUAUCGUACAGAACCAUCAAGUCCGAUUUCAACUCAAUCUACAAAACCAAAUUUUGUUCAACGACGUCCUGCUAAUGAUCAAAAUGAACAACAAAGAUUGAUUGCUGCCGGUGAUCGUACAGCUCAAUUGGAUAUUGAGCAUAUGGGUUUAAUGAGUUGA